AUGCGCACACAGCCAAAUAUUAUAAUAACAGGUACGCCUGGUGUAGGAAAAACUACUCAUUGCGAACAAUUGGCUGAGAGCACCGGAUUGAAACAUUUGAGUGUCAAUGAUGUGGUUAAGGAGAAAGGGUGUCAUGAGGGCUGGGAUGAUGAAUUGAAGACUUGGAUUGUGGAUGAGGAUAAGUUAUUAGAUGAAAUAGAAGAAGACGUCAAGCAAGGCGGAUAUAUCAUCGAUUGGCACGCUUGCGAAUUAUUCCCGAAAAGCUGGAUUGAUUUGGUGGUUGUAUUGAGGGUGGAUUCGACGCUGUUGUAUGAUCGGCUGAAGGCGAGAAAUUAUCCAGAAGCCAAGCUACAAGAAAAUCUAGAUGCGGAAAUUAUGGAGGUUCUACUUGAUGAAGCGAGAGAGAGUUAUGAUGAGGAGAUUGUGGUGGAGCUACGGAGUGAUACAAGUGAUGAGGUGGAGAGUAAUGUGGAGAGAGUUGAGGCAUGGGUCAAGCAAUGGAAGAAGGAUCACGCGGAGGAUGAGCAGUGA